CACACAUAUCAUUGAUUCGAUGAUCGAUUUUAUUUUAGUUCCACAAAAGAUGGCGGACCGAACGCCUGGCUCUCAAAAAGCUAGCGCUAAGGCGCUGCUUGAGAGCAAACUGAAAUCUUUUAGCAUUGGCAAGAUGGCAGUAGCAAAAAGGACCUUAAGCAAAAAGGAACAAGAUGAACUAAAGAAAAAGGAGGAUGAGCGGGCAGCAGCAGAGAUUUAUGAGGAAUUUCUUGCUGCAUUCGAAGGUGGAGGAGAGGGGAAAGUUAAGGCAUUUGUCCGUGGUGGUAUCGCAAAUGCAACAAAAGAAGAAGCAGCCGCUGAUGAGAAAAAAGGAAAGUUAUACAAGCCCAAGUCCCGUUUUGACGCCCAAACAAAAAGCAUCUUGCCUUUGGAGACCCCACCCCAAUUUUUAGCAUUUGACAGAAAACAAACUGUUAAGAAAAAUACCGAAAAGGAAAAGAAGAAGAGUAACCUGGAACUCUUCAAGGAAGAACUUAAACAGAUUCAAGAGGAAAGGGAUGAAAGACACAAGUUGAAAGGCCGUGUUAGUCGUUUUGAGCCCCUCGCUGGCAUGGAGGGAAGACGUUCAUCGGAUGGUUCUUCAAGAAGAAACCGUCCGUCCAGUGUUUUGGAUGACUGUGCACCAGGUUCCCACGAUGUAGGAGACCCAUCCACAACGAACCUGUAUCUUGGAAACAUCAACCCACAGAUGAAUGAAGAAAUGUUGUGUCAAGAGUUUGGUCGCUACGGCCCUCUGGCCAGUGUGAAGAUCAUGUGGCCACGGACAGAUGAGGAGAGAGCUCGGGAGCGGAACUGUGGCUUUGUGGCUUUUAUGAACAGGAGGGAUGCUGAGCGAGCACUCAAACACCUCAAUGGAAAGAUGAUCAUGAACUUUGAGAUGAAAUUAGGAUGGGGCAAAGGUGUUCCCAUUCCACCCCAUCCCAUCUACAUCCCUCCCUCUAUGAUGGAGCACACUCUACCGCCGCCUCCCUCCGGCCUUCCCUUCAAUGCACAGCCCCGAGAGAGGCUAAAGAAUCCAAACGCUCCCCUGCUUCCUCCACCCAAAAACAAGGAGGAGUUCGAGAAGACUCUGUCGCAAGCCAUAGUCAAAGUGGUUAUCCCAACAGAAAGGAAUUUGCUCUCUCUCAUCCAUCGCAUGAUCGAGUUUGUGGUGCGUGAAGGCCCCAUGUUUGAAGCCAUGAUCAUGAACAGAGAAAUCAACAAUCCCAUGUACAGGUUUUUAUUUGAAAACCAGAGUCCGGCACAUGUAUAUUACAGAUGGAAGCUCUUCACAAUAUUACAGGGGGAAUCGACAGCCAAAUGGCGAACAGAUGACUUUAGGAUGUUUAAAAAUGGCUCUUUCUGGCGUCCACCACCUCUCAAUCCUUACCUCCAUGGUCCUUAUGAUGACGGUGAGGAAGAGGAGGAAGAAGAGGAGGGCAGCAAGAAAGGCUGCCUGAAAGAAGAUGAGCGGGACAAACUGGAGGAAAUGCUUCGAGGUUUGAGUCCCAAGAGAGGAGACGUGGCGGAGGCCAUGCUGUUUUGCCUGAACCACGCCGAAGCUGCUGAGGAGAUUGUGGAGUGUAUCGCAGAGUCCCUGUCCAUCCUAAAAACCCCCCUACCAAAGAAGAUUGCACGGUUGUAUUUAGUUUCAGAUGUGCUGUACAACUCCUCAGCCAAAGUAUCCAAUGCAUCUUACUACAGAAAAUAUUUUGAGACAAAGCUCUGCCAGAUCUUCUCAGAUCUCAACGCCACAUACAAAACGAUCCAAGGCCACCUCCAGAGCGAGAACUUUAAGCAACGAGUGAUGUCAUGUUUCCGGGCAUGGGAGGAUUGGGCGGUGUACCCAGACCCUUACCUUAUCAAGCUGCAGAACAUCUUCCUGGGUCUAGUCAAUCUCUCCGCAGACAAGGAGCCUCCAACUGUCAUUGUGGAGCCUGAGCCCGCAGAGGACAUUGACGGCGCUCCCAUAGGGGAGUUUGUAGAAAGCACCCUACUGGAGGAUGUGGAUGGGGUGCCCAUUGAUGGAGCACCCAUCGACGGGGAACCCAUCGACGGAGCACCUUUGGACGACAUCGACGGCAUUCCUAUCAAGCCUAUGGAAGAGGAUAUAGAUGGAAUCCCAUUCGAUCAGUCCAAGGAGGCAACGUUUAAGGUGGCGCCCUCCAAAUGGGAAGCUGUGGACGAAGCUGAGCUGCAGGCACAAGCUGUGACGACAUCAAAAUGGGAGAUUUUUGAGCAGCCAGAAGAAACCAAAAAGGGCGAGGACAGCGAUGACGACAGGAGCCCUCGCUCCGAGGAAAACCAGAGCUACUCCAACCCCAUCAAGGAUGACGCCGACACGAAAGCCAAGUCAUCUGGGAUGAACGAGGAGAAACGCACCAAGCUCCGAGAGAUUGAGGUCAAAGUGAUGAAAUUUCAGGAUGAGCUUGAAUCUGGGAAGAGACCCAAAAAGCCCGGUCAGAGUAUUCAGGAGCAGGUGGAGCACUACAGGGACAAACUACUGCUGAAGGAAAAAGAAAAGGAAAAACUAGAACGGGAAAAAGAAAAGGAGAAGAAAGAGAAGGAGAAAGCUGAGGCUCGGUUGAAGGAGCUGAAGAAAGAAAAGGAGAAAGAUGACACGCCUACGAGAAAGGAGAGAAAGCGGCAUCACAGCGGCUCUCCCAGUCCAACAAGAAGCAGCAGCAGAAGAGGCCGCUCGUCCUCGCCACGUUCCGAGAGGUCGGAACGCUCCGACAGAUCCUACUCUAAAGACACAUCGUCCCGUGCCUCUCAUAAAGACUCUCCACGAUCCAGCAACAAGAAAUCCUCAAAAAGGUCGCCUUCAUCCCCACGCACACCGAAACGAACGAGGAGGUCGCGCUCAAAAACGCCCAAAAAAUCAACCAAGAAGUCCCGCUCCAGGUCGAGGUCUCCACACCGGUCCCACAAAAAAUCUAAGAAGAGCAAACACUGACAUUCUUUCGACAAACCAGCCUUUUCUGCACCGCAAUGUGUCGACUGACCUGGCAGCUGAAGAUCUGUUUGUGGUGAAUGGAUGGUGUUGCAUGGGUUUCCAUCUUGUGUAUUAGAGAGAUGGGGCCACUGCUGUUUUAUAUUGUAAAAAAAAGAAAAAAAAGAAAGCUAAUGUGUUUGUGUCCAUAGUUCCUAUCACCUUCAAAUGGAAUUCAUCCAAAUGUAGACCACACAUCAAAGGAGUGUGAAGAUGAGUCUUACAUUCAUGUGGUCAGUUUGUUUUUGUAGUUCACAUUAAAAAUAAUUCCUAAUAAA